AUGUCAACGGGGGGCAGUUCCAUCGCUCUGCGGAGCGCGAUGGCAGGGUCCUGGAAAAGAGAAACGGAGAAAGGAAAACAACGUUGAGAGGAGCUGUACAGCAAAAGAGGCGCUGAAGAACUCGGGUUAACGGGAUGAAGCCGUCAGUAUCCCCGGGAACGAAGCGGUCCCAGACGAAUUCAUGAGUCACUGUCGAAAGAAAGCGGUCUGAGACACCAUAUUGAAAUUGGGCAAACCGAAGCAAGAAAGGCUGCCAUGUUGGAUCUUUGCCAGUCUUGGUGCUGAAAGGGGAUAGGCUGGAGAGUCCAUAUACCUUAAGGGCAAAUGAUGCCAGGCUGGCUGCCAUGUCAUCAACGGGCACUGCUUUUCUUAUGUGGAAGAGGUUGAUUAUAAAUGAGGGACGUCAAGUGGCUUGCCUUAGUUUACUGUGGUCCUGAAUGUGUAUGUGCAAGGCGACCAUAUUUCUUGGGGUCAAAUCGAAAUGAUCUCGGUUUGUUUCCGAACAAACUGAAGCAUUUCCCCAUCCUUCUUAUCGUCACCCUGCUGUCACCGUUGGCUCACUGAUCCGGUGAAGCUCCUGUAGCCGCCAUCUUUGUAUCGGGCGGCCCGAUAAGGGAGGCGGAGUGUGCAGAGUGGAGGCGGGCCAACCACAGGGAAGUGACGCAAUUCGCCGCCAUGUCUCUUGAGGGCGGCGACGGCGCCGGUUCGGCCAUGCUGGCUACGGGCACGGCGUGGAUGGCGUCGGGGCGCCCCGAAGAGCUGUGGGAGGCCGUGGUGGGGGCCGCCGAGCGCUUCCGGGCCCAGACAGGCACGGAGCUGGUGCUGCUGACUGCUGCGCCACCCCCGCCACCCCGCCCGGGCCCCUGCGCCUAUGCAGCCCAUGGCCGUGGAGCGCUGGCCGAGGCUGCCCGCCACUGCCUCCAGGACAUCGCCCUGGCCCACAGGGCUGCCGCCGCUGCCCGGCCCCCCGUGCCCCCACCAGCACCACAGCCAUCCAGCCCCACACGGAGCCCACCCCGGCCUACUCUGGCCAGAGAGGAAGAUGAGGAAGACGAAGAUGAGCCGACAGAGACAGAAACAUCUGGAGAGCGGCUGGGUGUCACUGAUAAUGGAGGGCUCUUUGUGAUGGAUGAGGAUGCCACGCUUCAGGACCUGCCCCCCUUCUGUGAGUCGGACCCUGAGAGCACAGAUGAUGGCAGCCUGAGCGAGGAGACCCCUGCUGGCCCCCCAGCCUACUCAGUGCCCCCGGUCUCAGCCCUGCCCACACAGCAAUAUGCCAAGUCCCUGCCUGUGUCCGUGCCCGUCUGGGCUUUCAAGGAGAAGAGAACAGAAGCACGGUCAUCAGAUGAGGAGAAUGGGCAGCCUUCCUCGCCUGACCUGGACCGCAUCGCGGCAAGCAUGCGCGCCUUGGUGCUGCGGGAGGCCGAGGACACCCAGGUCUUCGGGGACCUGCCGCGACCGCGGCUCAACACCAGCGACUUCCAGAAGCUGAAGCGGAAAUACUGAGGCCCCAGGGAGGGAACCUCCUGGCCCAGCGUCCGCCCUGUCCCACACUACACCCCCGCCCCGCCCCCGGGGCCCGCCAAUCCGAGUCAGAUCCUGGACCGGCCUCCCACGUCCUCGGGGCUCAGGAUUGACCAGUCCCAGCCAAUCGCCGCCGCCCUUCCAUCGCACCAACCCCGUCUGUGCGAGGAGCGGUACUUAACCAGUUUCCCUGCGGGGUCUGGCGCCUCUUUUUCUGCCCAGCGACAGAUUCUUCUCGCUUCCGGAUGGGCGUGGCUAGUUCUAAGCCCUAAACGGGUUGAUUCCAUUGUUUUCGGCCUAGCGACAAGGACUUUGCUGGCACAGUAUUGGCUCCAUCCCUGAAAGAGCACAGUCGGGCCCUAGGAUUGGGUGGUGGCCCUUUACUUCAGUCUGGUGAAUGGGUAGCUCCUCCAUUUGAUUGGCUCGAACCUUAUUAAGGUCUAGACCAAACACCCCACCCUUCCUGAGUUCUACCUGGUUGGCUCCAGUCUCCUGGGGGCGUAGCCAAGCCCUCCUCCCGUGCCCAGGAUUGGCCUGUGGCCUUAAAUUUACGUUCUUGACACUACUGGGGCUAAGGUCUUUUUUUUUACUAAGUCCUGACAGCUGGUCCCUCUAGCCCCCUCCUCAGGGAUGGCCCGAUCUUGUCCCUGCGUCUGACACUCUGAACUGGUUCCAUCCCAUAACUCCUGCCAAUUGAAGCCCGUCCUUGCAUCCAGGGCAAUACCAGCUCCAGUCCCUCUCCCCUCACCCCCACAGGUGCCUUACAGGGCCCUCCUCCACCCAAGGUGGGGGGCAGGGGCCCUCACUCUCCGGCCCUGAUGUGGGGGAGAGAGUGGGGGGUGGGGAUCGCGAGUUGGGAGGGGCGCUCUGAGAUUAAAGAGUUACCUCUGUCAAAUGAG